GGAGUGGAACAGGACGUCUACCGUAACUGUCAUGCCCACACGCCUUGCUAGCGACAGUCUCGCCCAAAAGUACCGCAAAAAUGACACUGCUGCUCCCCGACAGGCCGUACAAUGGAUGAAUGUCAGUGACGAUGAAGACCGAACGCGGAAGACACCUUUCAAGGUUCAUUCCAAUGGACAAACGAACGGUCGAAAACGCCUUCGAACAUCACAGAAUGGAUGCGCUACUAGCAUGCCGCCAUCGACGAUACAGGAGCAGAGAAACAGCUUGCCUAUCGCCAAAGGCAAAGCUGCUAUCAUAGAAGAAAUUCGAAGCAACGACGUGACUGUACUGAUUGGAGAGACUGGUUCUGGGAAAACUACUCAGGUCCCCCAGUAUAUCCUGGAGUCUGGGCUGGCAAGAGAUGGACUGAUUGCUGUGACCCAGCCGCGAAGAGUUGCUGCUACGUCUCUUGCCACACGCGUGGCAGUGGAACAGAAUACCACCGUCGGAAGACUGGUUGGCUAUUCCGUUCGUUUCGAUGAACGUUCAAGCCCCUCUACCCGCGUCAAGUAUCUCACGGACGGCAUGAUUGUUCGGGAGCUGCUGGCAGACCCACUUCUCACUAAGUACAGCGUUGUAAUUGUCGACGAGGCUCACGAAAGGACACUCAGAACUGAUUUGCUACUCAGUCACCUCAAGUCUAUUCAGAAGCAGCGCGUCCCAUCUCCCGACGGUAAAGGUAAAGGCAAGGAGAGAGACGCUUCAGGCCGCCAGCUUAAAAUUGUUGUGAUGAGCGCUACGCUUGACGCAGAAAAGUUCAGCAAGUACUUUGCGGAAGCCAAAAUAUUAUACGUGAAGGGACGUCAACAUCCUGUGAAGAUCUAUCAUUCUGCCACAGAUCAGAUGGACUAUCUGGAUGCAGCUUUGCGAACUUUUUUUCAGAUUCAUACGGACCAACCUCCUGGAGAUGUUCUUAUAUUUUUGCCGGGUCAAGAAGACAUUGAAAGUCUUGAAAAAUCAAUACAGGCGUUAAAUCGGAGACUACCCUCUGGUCGAAUGGAGGUUCUCGUCUGUUCCAUGUACGCUGCUCAAGCUCCCGGACAGAAUGCAAAAGCGUUUUCUCCAUCGCCGUCGAACACACGCAAGUGUAUACUUGCGACGAAUAUUGCUGAGACGUCUAUCACAAUACCCGGCGUGAAGUAUGUCAUUGAUACAGGAAAAUGCAAAGAAAAGCGAUACCUAACGAGUGACACUGGUGGAGGUGUGUCUAUCUGUUGAAAACACGGCCAGUGGUGAAUUGCAGCAUUCAGGUUUUGACACCCUUUUAACAAGGGACAUCACUCAAUCUUCAGCCAUGCAGCGAACCGGACGUGCCGGGAGAGAGGGGACGGGGCAUUGUUAUCGAUUGUAUACGGAAGCCUCAUUUAAAAA